AUGUCCAACGGCGUUGGAUCAUACAAAUGGUAUAGGGAACAGCUGGAGUCCCAUAAUUCUAUUGGUAGCACAAAGUUUAAGGAUCCAAUAGUUACAAGAAUAGGCUUUCAGGACAGAGAACUGACAUCACCAGUUAUGUUUCCUUUGUUCAGAGAAAUUAGUGUUGAAAAGACCUGUGUAAGACAACAUUCUUGUCAAAUGUUUUCUUUAUCUUUUGCCCGUGACGAGUUGGCAACAGGAACGCAGUUAGAUUCAAUAAUUUAUCAUUACCAUUAUUCCGAGGACUUGGUCGUUCACGGAAGAGAUGACCAACCUGAAGGUGAUAUUGUAAAGCAAUUUCAAAAAUCAAUUGCUAACUUCCAGGGAACUCCUGAACAAGUCUCAAAUAGGAUUGACUCUGAAUUAGGAGAGACAUUCUGGAGAAGAAUGAGAAGAUUGUCCUUCUACAUUAACGUUGAGUCGAUUGCAAGAAAGAAAAUAGCUGACUUUUACCAGACCAGAGAUGAUGAGGCUUCUCAGCAAAGAUUCUCUUCUUCAACAAUGGAUUUGUCAUCAUGUUUCAUGAGAAAUUGUAGUAUUUUUCAAACUUAUUUGUAUUAUCCAAUAGACCUGGCCUCUGAAAAAUUUGGAACAAAUCAACCAAAACGAUCUGGAAUUUGUGCUUUUAUUUCAAAUUGUGCAUUUGAGUCUCAUGCAUCCCAGAGAUUGAAAAUAUUGGAAACCCUAUCUAAAUAUAUUCCUGUUAGACAAUAUGGAAAAUGUGGUAGAAAUGCAUAUGAAACUAAAGGAGGUAAGAUGUUCGAACUUGAACAUAAUUGCAAGAUUUACUUUGCCAUGGAAAACUCAGUAGUUCCAGAUUAUAUUACUGAAAAAUUAUAUGAAGGCUUCAAAGCAAUGGAGAAUGGCGGAAGAUUAUUGAUGGUUUACAAAGGUCCACCAAAUAUUGCUGAUUUCAAAUAUCCAAAAUCUGCAUUCAUCAAUGUGGAUGAUUUCUCCUCAAUUGAUGAGUUGGGACAAUAUUUGAAAAAGUUGAACGAAAAUGAAGAUGAAUUCAAUAAGAGAUUUUCUGAACUAGAAAGAGACAGAGUCCAAAUCAAUCAUGCAAUUAAGAUGAUGAAACCCAGCUUGAAGAAUUACCUUCCUUGUAGAAUGUGUCAAGUUGUGGGACAAACUAAAUUAGCCCGAUAUUUGUUAUUUAAAAUUGGUCUGCAAGUGCCUAAGAAAAAGGUUAACUUUAGGGAAUGGAAUGAAUUCAAGAAUCAGUUCGAUUUUCUUGGUCCAGAGAGAAUGGCAGUACUUGACUCCAUGUAUAGAAUUGCUUAUGCAAAUCUUUACUAUCCUAAUAAUGAUGAAAGUGAAUUCAAUGAUGAUAAUACUUGGAAAUAA